UUAUUCCUUUCCUUAAUUAACCCCAACACAAGAACACAAACCACGCUCCAUAAUACACAAACACAAAAAAGCCUAAAUUCUCUCUCUUCCGCACUGCUUCACAGCACAAACAGUUUCUUUUCUCCAAUGGGUGCUUCGGGAAAGUGGUUUAAGUCGCUUCUUCAUUUUCGAAAGAACUCAACUGAUCAAGAGAAGGGUGGUGAGAACAAGAGUAAGAAGAAGUGGAAGCUAUGGAGGGCUUCUUCAGAAGGGUCCAUGAAGAAAGUUGGUGCUGCUGCUGUACCUGAUUCUUCCCUUACUUAUGCAGUGGCUGUGAUGGUUCCCAAAGAUUUCAAGAUCAUCAAGCAGGAAUGGGCUGCCAUUCGCAUUCAGGCAGUAUUUCGAGCCUUCUUGGCUAGGCGAGCUUUGAGGGCCUUGAGGGCAGUGGUAAGGCUACAAGCUAUUUUUCGGGGCCGGCUAGUAAGAAAGCAAGCAGCAGUUACUCUAAGGUGCAUGCAGGCUCUUGUUCGUGUUCAGGCACGUGUGAGGGCAAGGAAUGUGAGGAAUUCCCCUGAAGGAAAAGCAGUGCAGAAAUUAUUAGAUGAUCAUCGCAACCAACCUGAUCCUUUCAAGCAGAUUGAGCAAAGGUGGUGUGACAUUCCUGGAACAGUGGAUGAAGUUAAAGCAAAGCUACGAAUGAGACAAGAAGGAGCCAUCAAGAGGGAUAGAGCAAUGGCAUACUCUCUGUCCACACAGCAGUCAAGAUUAUGUGCUAGUCCAAACACAAAAGGCACCAAGGCAUUGACUCCUCUCAAGCAUCACAACCUAAGCAAUAAGAGCUUAGGAUGUAGCUUGUUAGAACGGUGGAUGGAGACCAAGCCUUGGGAGAGUCCUAUUUCCAGGAAGAGUGAAGACCUUGUUCCUGCUUUUCAAUCAAGAAGGAAUGGUGUGACAACUAGGAUUUCGCUUAAAUCUCUUGCAACUAUAUCAACGCCAUCAUCUUCAGCUAUAAGCUCUGAAUACAUGUGUGAUGAUAGCCCUGUGUCAACAUCUUGUACAUCUAGAUCUCCAUCUUUGCCAUCCACAAGUACUGUUUUGGUGGAAGCAACGGAGGAAAGAGAUGUUCAUCAACCAAGCUACAUGAAUUUGACAGAGACAACCAAGGCUAAACUGAAAGCUUGCAGGAGUUCUUCACUGAAUUCAAAGAAACUUGUUAUGGAGGAGUGUCCAUCUCACAGUUCAACAACAGGCUUUUUGAAUGGAGAUUCUAGAAGUAGUUCUAAUUCUGAUCCUUCAGUUAACUUAUGGAAGGAUUCUUGUGCAACACCUUUAAGGGCCAGUUAUCAAAAACGAGAAAUUAGGAUAUGAGCUUCUGUAACAUUGGCAGAGAGUAUUGUGGUCUACUUUCAAUGAGUUCAACAGCUUGUUGUCCGUUUGACAUAGUUAGAUGAGCACGUAUGGGAUGUUAGGAUUAUGGGCUAAUUGGCAGUGUAGAUAGGUGGUUUUGUGUGAAGAAUGAAAUAGCAAACUAGUACACUACUGUAAUAUGUGUGGUGUUUUGUACACUAAUAUAUGCAUAAUAGCUUUGU